GUCAGUUUGCAAGUGAUUUAGAUAGAUUGUGAGUGAUUUUAUAUAAAGUGGUAACUUACACAAAUGGAAGUUAAAAUCAAACAAUACUGUGAAAUUAUAAAGGACUUAUCACAAUGUUUGUUUUGCUUCAUUUGGGAAGAGCUUUAAGUUGACAAUCAUGAUUUUAAUAGCAAGGAUUGCAAGAAAACAGAUGUAUCUCUGUAACACUGAUAUAUAGUUACAGCAUAAGAGCACUAAAACACACAGCUAAAAAUUUUAAUAAAAAUAUGGUUAUAACUUUGGAUAAUUGUUACUCAGUUUGGAUGGCUAAGUAAAUAAAAAAUGGUUGUUUUGUAUGUUUUUUCACUAUGUGACAAUAGUUUGUAUGAAUGGAGAUGAUGACAUUAAAGUUUCUUAAAGAUAUAUAGCUUUUGCCGAUUUUGCUUCAGCAAUUUUCAAAUAAAACUACAACAUGACUAAGAGAAUAAAAGAACUUAUCAAAUCACAUUCGGAGUCCAAGCUGUUUUCACCCGCUGCAGACAAGACAUCUGUCAACUCCCUCCUGCCUGCGAACAAAGUCACCAAACGGGAAUCACUCAAGGAACAAAAGCGUAACUAUCGUAGUCAGAAGAAGCAGGCAGCUCAGGAGUUACUGAGCACGCUAAAGGACCCCUCAGUGAUUGUGCUAGGUGACUGGCUCAAGGUGAGGGGCACCCUCAAGUCCUGGACCAAACUCUGGUGUGUCCUUAAACCUGGCCUCCUUGUGCUGUAUAAGAGCGAAAAACAAAAGAGCAACCAUUGGGUUGGAACAGUUUUACUGAACACAUGCAGACUGAUAGAGAGACCAUCAAAGAAAGAUGGCUUCUGCUUCAAAAUCUUCCACCCACUUGAUCAGUCCAUAUGGGCUACAAAGGGGCCAAAAGGGGAGACAAUUGGGGCCAUUGUGCAGCCCCUGCCUCACUCCUACCUGAUAUUCAGGGCCCCUUCUGAAGCUGCAGGCAAGUGCUGGAUGGAUGCCCUGGAUCUGUCUUUACGCUGCACCAACCUGCUGAUGAAAUCCAUGAAGAAGGACAGCACAGGGAGCAUAGAGGGGGCCGACCCUGCGGCAGAGCAGGAGCUGUCUGACUCCUCCCUGCCACCGGUAACCCAUGACAUUGAGGCAGAUAACAGCAUGGAUGAGAGUGACUGUGAGAAACACUUUGCAGGCCAAGGGCUGGAGGACUAUAAGUCCGAUCGUGACGAGGCAGGAUCAGAUUCCAGCCAAUCAGAUGAGGAGGAGGAUCGAGUGUUUGAUGAGGUCAGACAGUCCCAGGUGUCCGUUAAACCUGACGAGACACCAUACGUGAUGAACACUGUAGAAGAAUUUGGACAGCUGGGAGACGCUUGCCAGACCGAGGAAGUGGAUGAUGAAAACAAGAGCAUCAUCUGGACCCUGCUUAAACAGGUUCGCCCCGGAAUGGAUCUGUCCAAGGUGGUGUUGCCAACGUUCAUUCUUGAGCCUCGUUCUUUCCUCGAUAAACUGACAGAUUACUACUUCCACUGUGAUAUUCUGUCUGAAGCUGUAUUACAAGAGGACCCAUACACCAGAAUGAAAUCAGUGGUGAAGUGGUACCUCUCGGGCUUCUACAAGAAACCAAAGGGUCUCAAAAAGCCAUACAAUCCCAUAAUUGGAGAAACCUUGCGCUGUUUCUGGGAGCAUCCACAGACGUCUAGUCGCACAUUCUACAUUGCUGAGCAGCUUUCCCAUCAUCCCCCAAUCACCGGCUUCUAUGUGACCAACAGAAAGGAUGGCUUCAAUAUUAGUGGGAGCAUUCUGGCAAAGUCCAAGUUUUACGGUAACUCUCUUUCUGCAAUACUAGAAGGCACUGCAAAGUUGACAUUUCUCAAGCGAGGGGAGGACUACUAUAUAACGAUGCCUUAUGCUCAUUGUAAAGGUAUCCUCAUUGGCACCCUGACCAUGGAGAUGGGUGGAAAGGUCAGCCUGUCGUGUCCCAAGACUGGAUACAGGUGUGACCUGGAGUUCAAACUAAAGCCUUUCCUGGGUAUUGGAGAAGCGUCCAAUCGGAUCAGUGGCAAGAUCAAGAUGGGCUCAGACACACUGGCCAGUAUAGAGGGGCACUGGGACCAGGAGAUAUACAUCAAAGAUAAGGCAACUGGGGAGAGCAGUGUGUUCUUUGCUCCGACGCCUGAAGUGCGAGCUCGCAGAUUGAAACGCUACACAGUGCCAAUAGAACUACAGGGGGAGAUGGAGUCAGAAAGAUUAUGGAAGAAGGUGGGUGAUGCGAUAGUGUGCCAGGACAUGCAUGCAGCCACCCAUGAGAAGUACGUGCUGGAGGAGAGACAGAGGAACGAGGCCAAGGAGCGCAAGGCUCAGAUGAUAGACUGGUGCCCGAAACUCUUUGAGAGGGACGCCAUCACAAAUGACUGGAUUUACAAGCAUAUUGACAUGCGUCCAUGGGACAUCACAAAUGACAAACUUCAGUAUGAGAAUGAAUACAAGGUCACGACAUGGACCAUACACAGAACGCCAGUUGUUCGAACAUUGAGCAUCACUAGUCUGGAGCAGAAUAAGUCAGAGAUGACAAACAAUUCAGUGCCUAUGACGCGACAUUCUGUGCGACAGGUUCAGCGACCUGCUGUGAAGAGGUUGAACGUCGUGGGAGAGGAAAGCGGGAGUUCCUGUGCAGAGCAUGACCCCAAACUGGACAGUGAUUCAUCAGAGCCUGCGCUGAGAAAGCGGGUUGGCAGGUCAACAUCCAACACCAGGAACACCAAGCUUACCGAAGAUACCCUGAUAAAAAUCCUGGAACCAGUCUGUGAACUCCAGAAGGAGACAAAAAUGUUGGUCCAGUCUGUCCAGCGUCAGGUGGCGACGCUUCAACGUAACCUCGAUGAGUACGCCCAGGAAAGAUUCUACCGGCAGACCCAGCAGUGGGUCAUCAUCGGCCUAAUACUGAUGUGCCAAACUGUGGUGCAGUGGCUGUUAAGAUGAGGCACUCCUGGAAUAUACAGCACUGCUUGCAUUGUAUGGGAGUUUUCAUUUGAGUCACGUUCUGGGAAAACUGGGCAUAAUGCAUGUGCGUAGUGUCGUCCCAGAUUAGCCUGUGCAGUCUGCACAGGCUAAUCAGGGACGACACUUUCCGUCUAAAUUGGAUUUUUGCUAAGAAGAGACUUCAUUUACAUGAAAAAUGUCAUAAAAGCGGAAAGUGUCGUCCCUGAUUAGCCUGUGCAGACUGCACAGGCUAAUCUGGGACGACACUUUACGCACAUGCAUUAAGCCCAGUUUCCUCAGAACACGACUCAUUAAGAGAGUUUAGCACGAGGCUAUUCGAUGUCAUAGAAAAGGUGAAGCAGAAACAACAGGUUUAUUUCACAGUUUUCAAAAAUGCAAAGCUUGCAAACUUUGAGAUCAUUGAGCACACACAUGUACCAGGGUUCAUCAUUAAUAAUCACAUUGGAAAUCUUAGCAGGCGAAGAUAUUGGAAUAAAUGAUACGAUGCACCCUUGAUUCAUGUAGGUUCAUAUUAUCUUUAACUUGACAUGUUCUUGACAUGUAUUGUGUUAGUAAGAGGAAUGGUUAGGGUUUUUGCCUGUGUUUGAGAAUAUUGUUUUUGAAUAUCAAAAGUUAGUAUUUGGCUAUAAAUGUCUUAAGAAUAAUUUCAUUAUCUUGUAUUUGAUGAAGAUGUUUUAUUGUUUGUAAGUUUUCAUAUCAUUAAUUUUAACUCAUCUAUUUUUUGGAAAAAAAAAAAGAGCUAUUGUCAUCAUCGUCGGUGUCGGCGUCCGGUUAAGUUUUGCGUUUAGGUCCUUUUUUCUCAUAAAGUAUCAAUGCUAGUGCAUUUGAACUUGGUACACUUACUUACUAUCAUGAGGGGACUGGGCAGGCAAAGUAAGAUAACUCUGGCUGCAUUUUGACAGAAUUAUGUGCCCUUUUUAUACUUAAAAAUUGAAAAUUUUGUGUUUAGGUCCAUUUUAUUCCUUAAGUAUCAAAGCUAUUGCUUUCAUUCUUGCAACACUUACUAUCAUAAGGGGACUGUGCAGGCAAAGUUAUGUAACUCUGACUGGCAUUUUGACAGAAUUAUGUGCCCUUUUUAUACUUAGAAAUUGAACAUUUGGUUAAGUUUUGUGUUUAGGUCCACUUCACCCCUAAAGUAUCAUAGAUAUUGCUCUCAUACUUGAAACACUCGCAAACUAUCAUAAGGGGACAGUAAAGGACAAGUUGCACAACUCUGGUUGCCAUUUUUACGGAAUUAUUGCCCUUUUUUGACUUAGAAGCUUUGAAUAUAUGGUUACAUUUUGUGUUUAGAUCCACUUUACUUCUAAAGUAUCAAGGCUUUUGCUUUUAAUCUUCAAAUACUUUCAUGCUAUCAUGAGGUAACUGUACCUGGCAAGUUGAAUUUUACCUUGACCUUUGAAUGACCUUGACUCGAGUUCAAAUUAUUAAAUUUUGCUAAAAUUGCCAUAACUUCUUUAUUUAUGAUUAGAUUCGAUUGAUACCUUGACAAAAGAACUCUUACCUGACAUACCACAAAAGACUCCACCCAAACCAUCCUCCAUGCCCCCCGCCCCCC